ACCAGAUCACCUCGCAGUUUGGGUCGUCUGGAGUCGAUGAACCCUCCCUUUUCUGUGUUUCUCUCCAGAACGACGCGAAGUUUACCAGAAGGGAACCCCAUUCUCGCCGUCUUCUACAUUCCCUUGCGACUACUCGGCGCCGGACGCGUCAGUGGCUCCUUGGGCCUGCAUUGUUGCGGCUGCCGAGCCCCAUUGGCAAGGCGGAAACACCGAAGCUAUCCAGCUCGGACUAUUAUUACUAUUCACCACCUGGACUGUGAACUAGACUAGCUAUCGUCCUCGCUGUCCUCCUUUUUCUGUUCCGAUUUUCUCCCCUUCUACUUCUUGACAUUGAUCCAAGUACGCUGAGGUGCCCCGGGUCACGAUCGCCGGGAGAGCUCCUCGUCCAUUCAUUCACGGCUGACGAACCUCCACCAUGGCUGAUCCCAUCGAAUCCGCCAAGAGCGAACUGAGACAGCAGGGCGCGGUUGAGACCGCCGAACGAGCCGCUCAGGAUCCCCAAUCCAACGUGCGACCGGAAAAUGUCGAGAACGUCCUGAUAGAGGAGAGCAGGAAAGCUGGUGCGCCAGCUUUCCAGUUCGAUCCAGAUGCACCCCCAGAGGAGAAGGCCGCGCUGGCCAAAUCGCGUCUCCCUCCAGGAUUUAGGGAUCGGAAACCCAAAGGCAUUGCUGUAGCCACAGAUAUCGAUGAUGGCACACCCGACAAGUACGAUCUACCACCGCCCAGCAAAGGCGCUGAGAUGGCCGUCACGCCUACGACGCCAGCCAACGGAGAGGCGAAAGGUGCUCCCGCAGAGAUGACAGAUGACUUGCGAUACGCGCGCGACCGUACCGGCUGGGCUCCCCGCUUCGAGAUCCAGAAGCCCGAGGGCGAAGAGGAGGCCACGUUACUUGACCACCAGGACUUCCUGGAAAGUAAACUGGACGAUAAGUUCUUUGGAGACUGGUACCAUAAUGCUGCGGUGAUCGUCUUUGCCUGUCUGAUGUCCUGGGUGGUCGCUGUCCUCGGUGGAGGACUGGCCUGGGUUUUUAUCGUCAUGGCUGCAUGUAGUACUUACUACCGCACAUCCAUUCGCCGCGUCCGCCGUAACUUCCGCGACGAUGUCUACCGUGAGAUGGCCAAGCAGCGUCUGGAGACCGACACUGAAAGCUUGGAGUGGAUCAACAGUUUCCUGGUUAAGUUCUGGCCCAUCUACGCCCCGGUUCUCUGCGACACCAUCAUCAACUCGGUCGACCAGGUGCUCAGUACCGCUACUCCUGCAUUUCUCGACAGUCUCCGCUUGAAGACCUUUAUCCUGGGCACGAAGCCCCCGCGUCUCGAGCACGUCAAGACGUACCCCAAGACCGAGGUCGACACCGUGAUCAUGGAUUGGAAGUUCAGCUUCACGCCCAACGAUGUUAUGGACCUGACGGCGCGCCAGAUCAAGGACAAGGUCAACCCCAAGGUCGUUCUGGAGGUCAGAGUCGGAAAGGGUGUUGUCAGCAAAGGUCUCGACGUUAUCGUGGAGGACUUCGCCUUCUCCGGUUUGAUGAGAGUCAAGGUCAAGCUGCAGAUCCCCUUCCCGCACAUUGAGCGAGUGGAUGUUUGCUUCUUGGAGCGCCCGGACAUCGACUACGUUUGCAAACCUCUCGGUGGUGACACCCUCGGAUUCGACAUCAACUUCAUCCCCGGUCUCGAGUCCUUCAUUAAGGAGCAGAUCCACGGUAACCUCGCCCCGAUGAUGUACGCUCCCAAUGUCUUCCCGGUCGAAAUCGCGAAGAUGUUGGCUGGUAACCCGGUCGACCAGGCCAUUGGUGUCGUUGCAGUUACCCUCCAUGGAGCCCGUAAUCUAAAGAACACUGAUAACUUUGCGGGUACUCCUGAUCCGUAUGCGGUCGUCUCGAUCAAUAAUCGCACUCCGCUCGGACGCACCAAGACGGUUCAGGGCAAUGCUAACCCGAAGUGGAACGAGACAAUCUACGUUAUCGUCACUUCUCUCACGGAUGCCCUCACGAUUCAGGUCUACGAUUUCAACGAGUUCCGAAAGGACAAGGAACUCGGAGUGGCAAACUUCGCUCUCGACCAACUGGAGGAGGUACCGGAGCAUGAGAAUGUCACCCUAGAAGUCAUGGCCAGUGGCCGUUCGCGAGGUGCCGUUAUGGCUGAUGUCCGUUUCUUCCCUGUCCUGGAAGGAAGAACAAACGACGCCGGUCAACUCGAGCCGCCGCCAGAGCUCAACAGCGGUAUCGCACGAUUCACGAUCGAGCAGGCCAAGGACCUGGAUGGCUCCAAGAGUAUGGUCGGCGCUCUGAACCCAUACGCUGUCCUCUUGCUCAACGGAAAGGAGAUCCAUAUCACCAACAAGCUGAAGCGCACCAACAACCCGAUCUUCCAGAACGCGUCCAAGGAAUUCCUCGUCACUGAUCGCAAGUCCGCGCGACUGGGUCUCGUCAUCAAGGACGACCGAGGCAUUGUGACUGACCCGAUCAUUGGUCGCUACCAGAUCAAGUUCAAUGAUAUGAUGAAGCUGAUGGCGAAGGGCCACGAAUGGUUCCAUCUUUCAGGCGCCAAGACCGGUCGCGCCAAGAUGAAGCUUGAGUGGAAGCCUGUCGCGCUCAGAGGCAUUGCUGGCGGUGCUGGUUACAUGGACCCUAUCGGUGUUAUGCGGCUGCAUCUGCAGAGCGCCAAUGACCUCCGGAACCUGGAGACUAUGGGCAAAUCCGACCCUUACGUGCGUGUCUUGGUCAACGGCUUGGAGAAGGGCCGUACUGUCACUUUCAAGAACAAUCUCAACCCUGACUGGGAUGAGGUUGUUUACGUGCCUAUCCACAACAACCGUGAAAAGAUUACCCUGGAGGUCAUGGAUGAGGAGACUCUUGGCAAGGAUCGCUCACUUGGUUUGGUGGACCUGUCCGCGGGAGACUACGUCCGCCAAGACGAGACUGGAGAGUAUGAAAUCGACGAUGAGAAGCAGCUCAUCAAGAGCGGACUCACUCUAGGCCGCAGUGGCAUCAAGGGUUACCUCAACUACACGGUUGCAUUCUACCCGGCCCUCCAUGUUGUUGACCCGGCAGAAGAAGCCGAGAAUGAAGAAGAGGGAGCGGAAGAGCCCAAUGGCUCUAGCACUGACGGAGAGUCUAAGCGCACCAAGAGCCUUCACUCGAAGAACCCCAGUGAAGUCUCGAGGCCCAAGAGCGCUGUCUCUACGGAGGCACCCAAACUCAAUGGUGACAGUCAGGCAGCCCUCGAGCCAAAGAGUCCUGCAAUCCUUGAGCCAAAGAGCCCCGGCCUGGAGCCCCCGAGUCCCAGAACAGAUGCAGAUUCCGAUACUGCGUCGAUUCUGUCGACCAAGUCAGUACCAAAGGUCUACCUUUCUGCGCAGGAUCUGCCUCAGUACCAGUCCGGUUUCCUGGUGUUCAAGAUUAUCCAUGGCGAGCUUUCGCAUUCCAAUGUGCAGCUCGAAGUCCUUAUGGACGACCAUCUAUUCGCUGAUUAUACAUCCGCUAAGGUUCAUUCGAAAUCUGUCAACUUCGAAGACUUCGGCGACGCAUUUGUGCGUGAACUCGACGCUUCCAAGAUUACUCUUCGCCUUGUAGAGAAGACCGACAAGGAGGGCGAUGAUAAUCACACUAUUGCCAAAUUGACAGGAGAGACGUUGCCUACGUUGCAGCGCUGCUUGUAUACCCCCACGGAGCUUACCCUCCGGUCUGACGAGGGUGCUGUCAGCAAGGUUACCGUCAGCCUCCGUUACAUCCCCGUCAAGAUGGAUCUCGAUCCUCGCGAGAGUAUCAACAACUCUGGAACGCUCCGCGUGGACGUGCUCGACGCCGCCGAUCUGCCAUCUGCGGACCGCAACGGCUACAGUGAUCCUUACUGCAAAUUCAAGCUGGCGGGUAAGGAGGUCUACAAGACCAAGGUGAUGAAGAAGACUCUUCAUCCGGCCUGGAACGAGUUCUUCGAGACCCCCAUUAAGUCUCGCAUUGGCGCAGAUCUCCGCUGUGAUGUCUACGACUGGGACUUUGGUGAGAAGGCCGACUAUCUGGGUGGUACUGGUGUCGACCUUGAACAGCUGGAGCCAUUCAAGAACCAGGAGGUUUCCCUGCCUUUGGAUGGGAAGUCUGGUGCCAUUCGCCUGAGAAUGCUGUUCAGGCCAUCCUACGUGACCCGUUCGCGCAUGGGAAGCUCCACGUUCUCUGGAACGUUCGCCACUCCAGGCAAGAUUGUCGGUGCACCCGUUAAGGGCGUCACUGCUGUCGGAGGUGGUGUCAUUAAGGGCGCCUCUUUCCUCAAGCGCGGAGUGAUGGGCAUCGGAGGUCGCAAGAAGGAGGCCGCCGAACAGGUCGAUGAAGAUGAUUCCAAGUCGAUCCGCACAACUAACGGAGUGGAACCGCCUAGUCCGCCGUCUCAGCCCAAUACAUCACAAGUUGACGGUGCUGCUGCUGCUGCUGCCACCGCCGCCGCCGCUGCUGGCGCUGCUGGCGCAGCUGGUGUUGGUGCCACUGGUGCCACUCUGGUAGAAUCCACGUCCAGUUCGACUCAGCGACAGCACAGCCGGACUCGUAGUAUCGCAUCUCAGUUCGGCGACCGACUUGGUGUCGGCGGCAAGGGUGACGCCGGUACAGCUACGUUCACUAUUGUCUCAGCCAAUGGCUAUCCUGCCAACACCAACGUCCGUGUGCACGUUAAGGCGCUUGGAGCCAAGGGCGCCAAGGAGGUGCACAAGACGAAAGCUAUCAAAGCCAACAGUGCUGGUGAGGUCCAGUUCGACGCGAGCAAGGAGACUUUCAGCGUCUCCAACACUUCGGCUGAAGCUCAGUAUCAGCUUCACGUGGUCGACCAUGUGACGUUUGGUUCGAGCCCAGUCCUGGGCGAGGCGUUGUUCUUCGUUGACGACCAGGGCUCCGUCGCUGGCAAGGAGAAGUCCAUCAGGGUCGGUGAUGGCAACAUCGUCGUCAAGAGUAGUUUCACUCCCUCUGAAAGCGGAGGUAGACCCGGGACGUCAUACUCCAACCACGGCGAUGCCACUUCUGACGCCCCUGACAGUCCCGACUCCAAGAGAGCUGGACGCCGGAGCUUCCUUGGCAAGAAGAGCGUCAGCUCCGUUUACGGAGGCCAAUAAAUCUUGGUCGCCUGCAAAAAGCGACGCGAUUAUUCUGAAUGAGUGCUAAUGACUUUUGAGGUUACUAUCUAUAUACAGUUAGUUGUCCGUGGUUCCUGCGUUUGGACAGUUUGUUCUGUUCGCUACCAGCAAAGAGCGGGAUGGUUUUAAAAAAAAAGCUUGAUUUUGAAGCGAUAGAAAGGUGAUAAAAAAAGUGGGAUCGAAUUGGAUCCCACGAUACAUACAGUGUAUCUGCGCCUAUGACUCCCCUUUUGAUCAAGCGCUAGUUAGUUUUGUGUUGUUAUGUCUGUUGGCUGGCCGGGAGGUCCUAUGAUAUCCUUUAGACGCUUUUUCC